AUGAGGAAUUGCUAAUUCUUCUCAAAGAAAGCUGAAUAAAAUCAAACAAAAUUUAAUGGAACACAAUUAUUUGAAUUAGUGGAAUUAAGCGCUCGAUUGAAUAAUUAUAAAUUUUAUAUGUUAGAAGGAAAAGGAAAGAUGUGA